AUGGAUGAGUUCCUGGAUUCUCUUCCAUCAGCGUUAAUUUCAUGCACCAGCAUCGGUUCGCUUGAAAAGGCUCCAAAAAUCGAUAACCUAAAUUACAGCGAUGUCGCAAAGUGCUUUAUGUACGCACGUCGAAGUAGUAUACACACACAGCCACUACCUUCAAGUUCCAAAGAAAUCAAAAAAGCUUUGCAUAUGCUAAGUGACACUCACUGUUAUGAAAUGGACACAUUUUUUAGCGGCUAUAUGUAUCCAUAUGAGGACAUACCGGACUCCGUUCUCGACGCGAUUCGUAUUCAGUGCACCAACUUGGAUUGUAAGAGGGCCUUUCGCUAUCAAAUGCAGGCAUUUGAUGUGCUCUGCAAUGAGGUGCGUGCAAAAAGUUCCGUCACUACUUCUAGUGCAAAGUUGGGCAACACUUCAUCUUUGCUUAAGCUACGUCAAAUCCUUCCCGCUAUCAAAUAUGUACCGAAAGUUUCUAUAAAACAUUGCCAUUUUAGGUUUAUUGGCACACUCUCGUUAGACCCUAGCUUCAACCAGCGGGUGUUUGCAGCCAGCAUAAGUUUUCGGAACAAUGGUCAGCGGCCACUUAUACUAAAGGUGACGCAAAUCCAAAUUAUCAUUGACGGUGUCAAGACUGAGAGUAAGUCUUUUCAGGGCUCCGGUGACAGUUAUGAGUUGAUCCAAGGCGAGUCUAUCGACUUAGACUUGUCCAUCAAAGAGGUCACACAACCGAAUUUCACGGAAUUUCAGCAAAUCCUCGUUAUCUCCAUCAACGAGGUCCUAAAGGUUUUCGUAACUUUCUUAGUGUUGUCACCAAAGCAAAGACUUUUUCACCAGCGUUUUCCUGCCUGUAUGGUGUUGAACGUUGUCAACUCCCCCCUUGGCACUUACACGGCUCCGCUUAUGUUGCAAAUUUUUAAGCACGUGUUCAUCUGGCAGAAGGGAUUAUCCAGCGCAGCUGUCAUCCGUCUUAUGAUGGACAAGUCCGCCAACUAUCGGACCCAGAAUCGUGAGAUAAUGCGUGAGGUCCUUCGCAUCAAAGAGCUCUUACAGGAGCAACUUGAUCUUUCAAAAGUUUUAGAUAAUUUCUGGAAUUCAUUCGAAGAUAUUGAAGGAUUCCCAAUAGGACGGCGGUACAAGUUGCCUCCAUCCUCCGCACAGCCUCAUGGCUAUUCUCCUGCGGCGGACUCACCCGCCUUCCGGGUUUCUAUAGGUUACGACUGUUUGUUUCCUAACAGGCAAACAUGGCUUCCUGAUUGUCUGACACAUGCUUCACCAGAGGUGUCAAUGGGCUUAAUUUUACUUUGGCUAGCAGAUAUGGAUGCGGUAAUCUUUGAGGCAUCUUUUGGUAUCGAAGACCCUAUCGCAUACUUAGUGAACAUGCCAGCUCACUUACGAGGUAUUAUUCUGUGGAUCUUAGACCUGUGCUGUGCCUUGAUUCAUAACAGUGUUAAGAAUGGUGCUACUGGACGAGGCCUUGCGCUUACUUUUACCAACAUUCUAAUGAGAAGAAAGGCAGAGGCUUUCGGGGAUGCGGGCUUGGGGACCCCUAAUGGUGACUUACCCAAUUCAAUAAAUUCAUUUUUUGGAUCUUCCUUUUUGUCUGAAGUCGAAAAACGCCAGACUGCGGUCACUGUUUUUCUUCAUUGGCUAAAAAUAUAUGCUUAUCGCUAUGAGAAGGCGUUGUAG